UUAUAGAGGCGAACCAGAAUCAGCAUAAGCGGCGACUGGCUUUCAGGAGGACGGGAGCGGUGCAGGUGCUAGGUGAGGAGAGAGCAGGCUGGGGAGAGGAGGAUCGCACAGGGGGGAGAGCUGGAGGAGGCACAUUGCAGGCACUGCGGGGGCACAGCGCCAGUAUGAGGGAAUAGCGAGUACCAUCUGGGACCAGAAAGGAAAUAAAAGGUGUACCGCGGGCACAUAGCGGGGCAUACCGAGAGGAGGAGGAGAAGCCGGCUCUAGCCCCGGAGAUGUCGGCAGUGAGCGGCACAGAGCCCAGCCCUGCAGCCGGGGGCCGGGUGUUCUUCCAGACCCCACUGGCGGCAGCAUCAGCGCCCGCAUCCCGGGAGGACUCCCCGCAGGUGAUGGUGGCCGCGGCUCAGCAGCACAAACAGCAGCAGCAGAGGAGGCAGCAGCAGGGCAAAGUCACUGUGAAAUACGACAGGAAGGAGCUGAGGAAGCGGCUGGUGCUGGAGGAGUGGAUCGUGGAGCAGCUCAGUGAGCUCUAUGGCUGCGAGGAAGAAGAAAUGCCAGAAGUAGAAAUAGACAUAGAUGAUCUUCUAGAAGCAUCAAGUGAGGAAGAACGGGUUGUGAAAUUACAGGAAUCUUUAGUAGACUGCUACAAGCCAACAGAGGAAUUUAUUAAUCAACUUUUGUCCCGGAUACGAGGAAUGCGAAAAUUGAGUCCCCCUCAGAAGAAGGAUAUAUAAACUUGCCAUGACCUUCAUAAUCUUAAAAUAUACACCAAGGAAAUCAAGAUCACAAUAUUUUAAGGAUAAGUUCUUUCUGGAGAACAAUGUUGCUGUUUUAUGGAGGGUAGGGUGAUAUCCUCCUGUAGUUCUUUACAUAAUACUCAACUUGUUUAUGUGGUAGUUAAUAAAGUUGUUUUGUUUUUUCA